GGUAUCUACUAUAAAACCAAAACCGAGAUCACCGUCCUACAUUCUGACUCAGAUUGUAGUUAUCAAAACAAUACGUAAUAAUUGAAAGUGACGUAGUUUGUUUAUAUAUUGCUAACGAAAAUGGAUUGUUGCAAGAAAGGAGAAUCACUUAAGAUUGUCAAACAAUGCAAGUUCAUUAAGCAAGAUGGCACUGAAGUAGAUUGCGAGUGCACCUGCACAUGCAUAUGUGAAAGUGACUGCCAAGGCUGCUCUGGAAAAAAUUGCUGUAACUGCGAGUGCUCUGAAAAAACUGCCAAACUAGGAGCGGAUGGGAAAUACCGAUGCAUAUGUGAAUGUGCAUGCAGCUCACAGAAAAAGGAUUGCUGCAACCAAGGGGAGUCCUGCAAGAUUGUCAAACAAUGCAAGUUUACUAAGCAAGACGGCACUGAAGUAGAUUGCGAAUGCAUCUGUACAUGCACAUGUGAAAGUGACUGCCAAGGUUGUUCUGGAAAAAAUUGCUGUAACUGCGAGUGCUCGGAGAAAACUGCCAAACUAGGAGCUGAUGGAAAAUAUCGAUGCUUAUGCGAAUGUAAACGUAGCUCACAGAAAAAGGAUUGUUGCAAGAAAGGUGAAUCCUGCAAAAUUGUCAAGCAAUGCAAGUUUACUAAGCAAGAUGGUACUGACGUAGAUUGCGAAUGCACUUGCACAUGCCUAUGUGAAAAUGACUGCCAAGGCUGUUCUGGAAAAAAUUGCUGUAACUGCGAGUGCUCUGAAAAAACUGCCAAACUAGGAGCGGAUGGGAAAUACCGAUGCAUAUGUGAAUGUGCCUGCCUCUCACAGAGAAAGGAUUGUUGCAAGAAAGGAGAAUCCUGCAAAAUUUUCAAGCAAUGCAAGUUUACCAAGCAAGAUGAAACUGAAGUAGAUUGUGAAUGCACUUGCACAUGCGUAUGUGAAAAUGACUGCCAAGGCUGUUCAGGAAAAAAUUGCUGUAGCUGCGAGUGCUCUGAAAAAACUGCCAAACUGGGAGCUGAUGGGAAAUACAGAUGCAUAUGUGAAUGUGCAUGUAGCUCACAGAAAAAGGAUUGUUGCAAGAGAGGAGAAUCCUGCAAACUUGUCAAGCAAUGCAAAUUUACCAAGCAAGAUGGAACUGAAGUAGAUUGUGAAUGCACUUGCACAUGCGUAUGUGAAAAUGACUGCCAAGGCUGCUCUGCAAAAAAUUGUUGUAACUGCGAGUGCUCUGAAAAAACUGCCAAACUGGGAGCAGAUGGGAAAUACCGAUGCAUAUGUGAAUGUGCAUGCAUCUCACAGAAAAAGGAUUGUUGCAAGAAAGGAGAAUCCUGCAAAAUUGUCAAGCAAUGCAAGUUUACUAAGCAAGAAGGUACUGAAGUAGAUUGCGAAUGCACUUGCACAUGCCUAUGUGAAAAUGACUGCCAAGGCUGUUCUGGAAAAAAUUGCUGUAACUGCGAGUGCUCUGAAAAAACUGCCAAACUAGGAGCGGAUGGGAAAUACCGAUGCAUAUGUAAAUGUGCAUGCCUCUCACAGAGAAAGGAUGGUUGCAAGAAAGGAGAAUCCUGCAAAAUUUUCAAGCAAUGUAAGUUUACCAAGCAAGAUGGAACUGAAGUAGAUUGUGAAUGCACUUGCACAUGCGUAUGUGAAAAUGACUGCCAAGGCUGUUCGGGAAAAAAUUGCUGUAGCUGCGAGUGCUCUGAAAAAACUGCCAAACUGGGAGCUGAUGGGAAAUACAGAUGCAUAUGUGAAUGUGCAUGUAGCUCACAGAAAAAGGAUUGUUGCAAGAAAGGAGAAUCCUGCAAAAUUGUCAAGCAAUGCAAGCUUACCAAGCAAGAUGGCACUGAAAUAGAUUGCGAAUGCACUUGCACAUGCCUAUGUGAAAAUGACUGCCAAGGCUGUUCUGGAAAAAAUUGCUGUAACUGCGAGUGCUCUGAAAAAACUGCCAAACUAGGAGCGGACGGGAAAUACCGAUGCAUAUGUAAAUGUGCAUGCCUCUCACAGAGAAAGGAUUGUUGCAAGAAAGGAGAAUCCUGCAAAAUUUUCAAGCAAUGCAAGUUUACCAAGCAAGAUGGAACUGAAGUAGAUUGUGAAUGCACUUGCACAUGCGUAUAUGAAAAUGACUGCCAAGGCUGCUCUGCAAAAAAUUGUUGUAACUGCGAGUGCUCUGAAAAAACUGCCAAACUGGGAGCAGAUGGGAAAUACCGAUGCAUAUGUGAAUGUGCAUGCAUCUCACAGAAAAAGGAUUGUUGCAAGAAAGGAGAAUCCUGCAAAAUUGUCAAGCAAUGCAAGUUUACUAAGCAAGAUGGUACUGAAGUAGAUUGCGAAUGCACUUGCACAUGCCUAUGUGAAAAUGACUGCCAAGGCUGUUCUGGAAAAAAUUGCUGUAACUGCGAGUGCUCUGAAAAAACUGCCAAACUAGGAGCGGAUGGGAAAUACCGAUGCAUAUGUAAAUGUGCAUGCUUCUCGCAGAGAAAGGAUUGUUGCAAGAAAGGAGAAUCCUGCAAAAUUUUCAAGCAAUGUAAGUUUACCAAGCAAGAUGGAACUGAAGUAGAUUGUGAAUGCACUUGCACAUGCAUAUGUGAAAAUGACUGCCAAGGCUGUUCAGGAAAAAAUUGCUGUAGCUGCGAGUGCUCUGAAAAAACUGCCAAACUGGGAGCUGAUGGGAAAUUCAGAUGCAUAUGUGAAUGUGCAUGUAGCUCACAGAAAAAGGAUUGUUGCAAGAAAGAAGAAUCCUGCAAAAUUGUCAAGCAAUGCAAGCUUACCAAGCAAGAUGGCACUGAAGUAGAUUGCGAAUGCACUUUCACAUGCGUAUGUGAAAAUGACUGCAAAGGCUGUUCUGAAAAAAAAUGCUGUAACUGUGAAUGCUCUGAAAAAACGGCCAAACUAGGAGUUGACGGGAAAUACCGAUGCACGUGUGAAUGUGAAUGCAGCUCACAGAAAAAGGAUUGCUGCAAGCAAAGACAAUCCUGCAAAAUUGUCAAGCAAUGCAAGUUUAAGCAAGAUGGCACUGAGGUCAAUUGCGAAUGCACCUGCACAUGCAUAGAUGAAGCUAACUGCCAAGGCUGUUCUGAAAAAAAUAGCUGUAGUUGCGAGUGCUCUGAAAAAACUGUCCAAUUAGGAGCUGAUGGAAAAUACCGAUGCACAUGUGAAUGCAAAUGUAGCUCACAGAGAAAGGAUUGUUGCAAGAAAGGAGAAUCCUGCAAAAUUGUCAAGCAAUGUAAGUUUACUAAGCAAGACGACACUGAAGUAGAUUGCGAAUGCACUUGCACAUGCGUAUGUGAAUGUGACUGCCAAUGUUGUCCUGGAAAGAACAGAUGUAAUUGCGACUGCUCUGAAAAAACUGCCAAACUGGGAGCUGAUGGAAAAUACCGAUGCACAUGUGAAUGUACUUGUUAGUUUUAAAUUAUUUUAUUUUUACAGUAUAAUAUCUGUUGUCGUUGUAAUUCGUAAUGAUUAUAAAGACUUUAAAUACUACGCUUGAGUCUAAUUAAAAGUCUGGAAUUAUCUUAAAUAGCCAUAAAAAAAAUAAUUUUUCAUUUGUACACAUUAAGUAAUAAAUUGUUAUAUAGAU